AACAAGUCAUUAGACAAUGGGUAUUGAAGAUCUUGGGCUCCUGCUGGAGAACAUCGAGGAGUAUGUUAUGGAACAGAAGAAAGUUGUGACCUACAAGUGGCUGAGCAGAACAUUUUCUCUAAAUGUUAACCAAGCUAAACAGUUGUUAGCGAUAUUCCACAUGAAACACAAGAAUAUGAAACACAAGAGCAUUCAGGGUGUGUACUACGUCAGUGGGAUGAGACACAAUUCUCAGGGAGUUCUGACACACCAAGUAUGUAUUGUUAACGAAGAUAUGCUGGAAGAAACAAAAUCUCAGUUGGACCCAGUUACCAGUGUUCAUCUAUACAGUGUUCAGAAAGGGAAACCUAAGGGUACUGCCCCUAUGUACAGCGUUGAUUUUGAGCAGCUGAAAAAGAAAGUCUACGAAACGACCGAGUUUUCUAUGGUGCGCUGCAAGGAGGCGAAGAUCAGUCAGGUUAUAAACAGUGGCUUAAGGCCUGUCACUCCACCUGCCCUGAAGAACAAAGUUAAGAUUAUGACUGAAAACAAAACGGUAGAAACGAAGAAACACACCACCAUUAACGCAAAGAAAACUUUUGCGAGCAAGAAGCCAGCAGAGGUUAAGAAAUCAACAGCCAAGAAACAAGAGGGGCUAGCCAACUUCUUUGGAAAAGGUAAAGCAGAAGCAAAAAAAGCAGAACCAAGAAAAAUAAUUCCUAAAUCUGCUCCCAAACCUGAACCUAAAACUUCUCCUAAAACUCUCAAAUCUGCUCCUAAAUCUGAACCUAAAUCUGCUCCCAAACCUGAACCUAAAACUUCUCCUAAAACUCUUAAAUCUGCUCCUAAAUCUGAACCUAAAUCUGCUCCCAAACCUGAACAUAAACCCGAAAGCAAACCAUUAUCGAAGAAAAACCCCACAAAAAGUGAACCACCAACACGUACCUCGCCAAGAAAACAAUCCUUGAUGAAUAAGAACAGAGGAGGCAAUAAAACGGACUGUACUCGAGAACCGCUGUUUGUGGAUAUAGUGGAGGAUGAGGUGGAGGAGGUCAAGGUUUUACCCAAGCCUAAAUCAAAUGGUAAAGACAGUCGAGCGGGUACCAAGCGGAAACGUGUAAUGAAGUUUAGCGACGAUGAAGAUGACGAACUUGAAAUUAAAACCGAAGGUGAAACUAAGGUCGAGGAUGAGGGGAUUUGUCUCGAUGAUGAUCAAGAGCAGGUCCCGAAAAAAGCUACCGAGUCACCGGAGAAAAAGAAACCAAAGGAGUCACCUGACAGUAAGAAACCAAAAGUCAGACGAAAACGAAUCAGGAAACAAGUGAACAAAACAAGUGUAAAUGAUGACGGAUUCAUGGUAACAGAAAAAGUGUGGGAGACGUUUAGUUGCAGUGACAACGAGGAUGAAAAGAAGGAGGAGGAAGAAGAGAAGAUGGACACAGAAGAAUCAACAAAAAAAGAAGUACCAACAACACGGAACAAACAAAGUAGUCUCAUGGGAUUCUUCAAGAAGGGCUAGAAAAUUCCAGAAGAGUAACUUCAGUGAAGAUUUAAAUGAAAGAAGUGACUUUGGGAGGGAGUUUUCCCAUGGAUACUAGCCUGAUAACAGUUGAGGUUGUCUGACUUCGAUGAAAAUGAAUCUUGAAGGAGCCAUUAUGCAAUUAUGAGAAUCGUAACCCUUUUUGAUAACAGUUAAACUUGUCAAUCAGGAAUGAUUUUAAUAAACAACGACAGUCAAUUAGCGUUAAAAUGGGCUGCUUUGGCGAAGGAAUCUUUGAUCUUUUGUUUGUUGUAUUUCUAAAUAAAAAAGGCAGAGUUGAAAUUUUGUCAAAUAUUUACAAUCAAAUGAUUUUCUUUUUAGUUAGUGUGUUCUCUUUUUUAAAUUCGUAUUGAUAUUGUUGAUACAAAUGAUUUCGUACCCAGAGUGCGGUAACAAAUCUUAGUGUUUCAUUAACAUACGCAUGUAAUAAGAUCACAAGCUUUCAGGCUUUAUUUUUG